AUGUUGGGAUUGUUACGUCUUUUAAUCUAUUCUACCACAAUAUUUAAUAUCAUAACGGUAAGGUCAGAUUUCUGUAAAAUUAACAAAGGAGAAACUCUUAGCCCUGUUUGUGAUAUCACUUUCAAUGAACUCAAUGAAUUAAACAAUUAUAUUAAGGAUGACCUUAAUGAUUUGACUAAGACUGAAUUUUUCAAAUAUUUUAAAUUUGAUUUCAAUAAUAAAUGUAGAUUUUGGAAAGAAGAAAACAAUCCAUUAUGUUUCAAUAAGGAAUGUUCCGUUGAUGUCAUUGAAGAUUGGGAAAGUUUACCUGAGAUUUGGCAACCUGAAGUGUUAGGUAAGAUUAGUACAAGAAAUGUAGAGGAUAGUGAUAUCCAUGAUGAUGAGUGUUGGUUUUUAGAGGAGUUAUGUGAUCAUGAAAGAAGGUUACCUGAAAUUCCAGAUUGUAAUUAUUGUGACCUUAAUGAUUUUGAAGAUGCCAAAUGUCUCCUUGUUGAUCUGACUGCCAAUCCAGAACGAUUUACAGGAUACGGUGGGAACCAAUCAGCUGAAAUUUGGUCUGCUAUUUAUAAUGAUAAUUGUUUUUCAAUCGGGGGUGAAACAGGUGAAUCCUUAGCGAAAGAAACAUUUUAUAGAAUAAUAUCCGGUUUUCAAGCUUCAAUUGCUACUCAUUUAUCAAUGGAUUUUCUUAAUAUCAAGACAGGUAAAUGGGAACCUAAUUUGGAAAUAUUUAUGAAAAAAGUGGGUAGUUUCCCAGAGAGAGUUGCAAAUAUUUAUUUCAAUUAUGCCAUUGUUGGCAAAUCUUUAUUAAAAAUUCAACCUUAUUUGAAGGAAAUUGGCUUUUGUAAUGAAUAUCACGAAGAUGUUAAAUCCCAAAUAGUGAAUAUUUGUUCUCAAUUAGAUAGUUCUAUCUUCAAUGAAGAGAUAUUAUUUGAUCGAAAUGAAGUUAGUUUACACUUAAAGGAAGAAUUUAAAAGAAGAUUCAGAAAUGUUACCAAAAUAAUGGAUUGUGUUCAAUGUGAACGGUGUCGUUUAUGGGGGAAAGUCCAAACUACGGGAUAUGCAACGACAUUGAAAAUAUUGUUCGAAUUAGAUCAAAAUGAUGAAGAAACUAGAAGAAUGAUAGUAGAGAAAUUAACUAAAUAUGAGUUAAUUGGUCUUAUAAAUACAUUUGCCUUAUUGUCACAAUCUAUUGAUGCUAUUAAUCAAUUUGAAGGGCAAUAUCAGAAGAGAAUCAUUUCUGAUGAGAAACUUAAGAAAUUAGCCAAUUUUUUUGAUAUUAAGAGGUUUUACAAUUUGCUCAAGAAGACAAAACCAGAAGUACCAUUGAAAGGAAUUUUACCAGUAGAUGAUUUUGAAGAUUUAGUAGCAACAGAUGAUGAAGAACUUCAAAGUUUUAAGAAAUCGAUUACCCCUAACUGGGUAAACUCAUGGAGAAAUACUGAUUUCCAGUAUUUAAAAGAAUUCUUUGAAUAUAUAAAGAGACACUAUUUUUCAAUUUCCCAUUACAUUCACAAUCGGUUAAAUGAGCUGAUUAAUAAUAGGUAA